AUGCAUCGCAUGCUCGAGAAGGACACAGACCUCGAUGGGGCUACGGCAGCUUGGAUGGCUGAGCCAGCUUUUACUAGAACUACGUUUGCAGGAAGAAAGGAGGGCAGUGGGAAUCAAAAUUCUCACGGAACAAUUAUCAAGCAAUUCUACGAGCCUUUUGGUUACCCAUUCGAGGUCCCAUGCUAUUCCAGUAUAAAAGAAGGGCUAGGCUUACCAACCGCUUUCCACAAGCUUACCAAAAGACACUUUGCACUCUUCCCGAGUCAAUGGAUUCUCGGAAAAGUGGAUUCUUUUCUAACUGAAGUAGUUGAAGAUAUGGUGAAAUUUAAGGAGACCAAACUCAAGGAAUUGGCCCAGAAAUUAUGCGACCUUUUCAGAAGCCAGAUAAGCCCGGACUCUCUUUUCUUGGAAUCAGUUGUAGUCGGUGAUUUUAAACCAUGGGCUACAUUAACAUGUGCAGCGGUGGGCACAAUAUGUAACAAUUUCGCAUAG